AAACGUGGCAUUGUCUGAAGUUCCCUCCUUCUUCCACUGUUGGUUUCCCCUUAAUUUUCUGUUUUCCCCGUGUUCCUUGCUUCCUUCCUUUCUGCCUUGUGACCAAGUCUUGGAUGGCUCAUUUCACCGACAGACUUCACAGACAGGCAAACUUUAACCUUCUCCCUUUUUCUUGGACAGGAGUUGCCACCAUGCUGUCUGGGACCCUCCCCAUCGCAGAGAGCCUUUCUGCAUCUUUAUCCAGUGUUACUGUUGUCCUGUUUCUCAUCGCUCUUGGCCUCAUGGCCAUCAGAGUUCAGAAAAGCCGUAGCUCUCCCUUCAAUGUGAAAGAUGACUCCCACCUGGACCUCACAGCGUUCCCCUCUCCUCCUGGCCCUACACCGUGGCCCAUUGUUGGAAACCUGUUCCAGAUGGGGAACCAGAUGCAUCUUUCUUUAACGCUUUUAAGAGCCAAGCAUGGAGAUGUUUUCAAGUUGCGUCUGGGUUCACUACCUGUUGUUGUCCUUAGUGGUUAUAACACCAUCAGACAAGCACUGGUCCGUCAGGGAGAGGACUUUGCUGGUCGACCUGAGCUCUUCACCUUUUCUGCAGUAGCUGAUGGGACCAGUAUGACUUUCAGUGAGAAGUUCGGGCCUGCAUGGCUGCUCCAUAAGAAGUUGUGUAAGAACGCUUUAAGAUCUUUCUCCCAAGCGGCGCCUAGAGGAUCUGGGGCCACCUGCCUCCUGGAGGAGCACGUGUGUGCUGAGGCUGCUGAGAUGUUGGAGAUGAUCCGGGAACAAUCUGCAAAAGUGGAGCUUGACUCUGAGAUGACAGACGGGGCUUCUAAAGGUGUAGACCCAGUGAAGCCCCUGGUGACCUCCGUGGCAAACGUUGUGUGUGCCCUGUGCUUUGGAAAAAGGUAUGACCACAACGACAAGGAGUUUCUCACAAUUGUCAACAUCAACAAUGAGGUCCUAAAGCUCUUUGCUGCAGGGAACUUGGCUGACUUCUUCCCUGUCUUCCGCUACUUUCCGAGCUUAUCUCUGAAAGAGCUUGUUCAGUACAUUCGCAGAAUGAAUGGAUUCAUGGAGCGCAGGAUAGAGGAACACAUGCACACCUUUGAUAAGAAUUACAUCCGGGACAUUACAGACGCCUUGAUAGCUCUUUGUGAGGACAGAGAAAAGUCUAAGGAGAUGAGUCUGCUCUCCGACACUCAGAUCAUUCACUCCGUCAUAGACAUCUUUGGUGCAGGGUUUGACACCAUCAUUGCUGGGUUACAGUGGAGCCUUCUCUAUCUCAUUAAGUUUCCUGAUGUCCAGCGGAGAAUCCAUCAGGAGAUAGAUGAACACAUUGGUUCAGCAAGAAUGCCUAAUUUUUCUGAUAAAUCCAAGAUGCCUUUUACUGAAGCAUUCAUCUAUGAGGUGUUUCGUCAUGCUGCAUAUGUCCCUUUCACCAUACCUCACUGCACUACAAGACACACUACUCUGAAUGGCUACUUCAUUCCAAAAGACACUUGUGUUUUCAUCAACCAGUAUCAAGUCAAUCAUGAUAAAGAUCUGUGGGGUGAUCCGGAACAAUUCUGCCCUGACCGCUUCUUGGGUCAUUCCGGACAACUUAACAAGGAGCUGACAGAGAAGGUACUCAUCUUUGGAAUGGGAAAGAGGCGCUGCCUUGGUGAUGGCUUUGCCCGUUUGGAAAUGUUUGUCUUUCUUGCCACUCUGCUCCACGGACUGCGCAUAGAAAAUGUUCCGGGUCAGAAGCUGGAUCUAGGCACCGAUUUUGGUCUAACCAUGAAACCCCACCCGUACAAAAUUACAGUUUCCUCCAGAUUCACAGAAAUGUAAUGUGCUUAAAUGUAGUCAAUACAUUAGAGUUUUCUUUUUAAGGGAAAACUCAAAUGUAAAGGAAAAUGUUAACUGAAAAAAGUCUUGAUGUUCUCACCAUAUUCUUUGUGAGUCACUCAGUGUCUUACUAUGCACCUUAGGAAAAUGUGAGAAAUCUCCUUUCAUCCACAUUGAAAAUGAAUGUAAUUUGAUCAUAUUUCCACAUUUUAAAAUUUUUUCCAAAGUUAUUGCCUAAAUGAAAAGAUUUAGAGAAACACAUAUGACAGAAGUCUUUGUCAUUGUCACCUCUAAUGUUUUUUUCUGUUUCUUGGCUCAACUUUUCACUGCUCUUUCAUCUGUAAAUGCCCUACUUUUAAAAAACCCUGGCUUUUGCACGAUCACAAAUUAGAUCAGAGAAGUCCAAUUCUAUGAGUAAAUCAAAGGUUGAUUGAAUCUUCUCUAAGCUUGAUAUCUUUUAAAAGCACUGAAAGCUGCUGUGAUACAGAAGACCAUUGCUGUUGUUUGCGUUUAUACUGCAGCAUUGGUUGUGCAGUCCGGUAGUUUUCGGUGAUGAGCUUCCUUUUGCGACAUUUACCCGCCUCCACAGCAGAGGAGACUAAGCUGGCUUUGUAUGUCAAAGAAAUGUCGAAGAAGCUGUUAUGCAAAUAAUAUGCUCCUGUUGUUUCAUAAUUGCACAUUUUCCAAGCAACUGAAGGCUAUGCUUUAGCUUAUGCUGAUGUGUUUAGUAUUUAGAUCAGGGGCACAUCAAAUGGUGCAAUUGGCUCUAAAAUUAGAACAAAAGCCACAGUUUUUAAAAAAAAAAGUCAAAAAUGUUCUGUUCUGUUACAAAAAGGGUUAAUUCAAAUAUACACCAAGUGUGUCAAAAGAUUUAUAACCCCUAUUGUAACUGUAAAAUAUGUUUAACACAAGAGGCACUCAGCUCUCAUUUGUUUUCUCAACUGUUGGACAGGACAAGUAAAAAAUAAAAAAAGUUUUAAAAUAUCUAUUAAUUUUCAAUUGAAAUGUUUUCAUCCAGAUUCCAUGUUAGUUCUGUCUCUUGUGAGUUGGAUUACUAAAACACUCGUGUGGCCCACCAGUCGAAAAGUUUGCCCACCCCUGAUUUAGAUCAUGUUAACAGUAGUUUUAAAAAAAAUCCCAAAUAAUAUUAGAUUUCUCUUUAUUCUGUCACUCUGCCAAGUCUACUUCACUCAUUCCUCCUUUAGUAAAGCUUCAAGUCUACACACAACACAAACUAUUGAGUAAAUUCACUGUUAAUCAUUUCAACUUCCCUCAAAGUUUAGAAGCUAACUCAAUAAAUGUUACCAUUUGAUAUGCUGCACAUUUAGAAAGGUUACUUGUUGUUUGUCCUUCUCAUCCCCUGACGCUGCACCAUCUUCAAGUCUUAGCAGAAAUGGUCUGUACAGUAAAAAAAAGGCAGUUUUACGGUAAUUAGCUAAAUAUAAUGGCAGCAGAUGUGAGAUCCAGAAAGGGCUAAAGCAAAACAACCUGAGAAACAUUAAACUUGCUGUUUCAGCAGUGUUGUUCAAAACUACAUUACACAGACAUGGGUACAAGGAGACUUAAAAGUGGUCAAAAAUGGUUUUGAAGUUGGGGAACAUUUCAGCUCAUUGAGAAUCUGGCUCCAGUGAGCAGAUUGCAGUUUGCAAUAUCCACUGUGUGUCCUCAAGAAUGUGGGUUCUUCCACCCACCAAAGCACAUCAAGACUUUCAGCGUCUUUAACUUUUUGCCAAAAUAACUGACAUGUAAGAAAGAUCUUCAGUUAUUUACUUGUUGGCAUUGUUGCAAAAAUAUAUUGGUUCGGCAUUACCUGUUUUUUUUGUUUUUUUUAAUGUUGAAGUAAAUCUUUUUUAAUAAGAUUUUUAUAAUUUUCUCAUCAUUGUUGCUUUCUUAACCAUCACAUGCAUUCAGGUAUAUAGUUUUUAUACACAAUGUAAAAUCUCUGAACAUUUUUUAACAGCACUGAUUAUUACUUUCUGGUCAUGUAUGAAGUUGAUCCUCUCAACACUUUGUUUUGAUAUUGUCAAAAAUUAAAACUAAAACAAAAGUAUGAUUUUCUAUAAUCUGACAAAUAAGAAUAAAUACAUUUUAUAGAAAUUUG